GGCUAUUGUUCGUGUCUGGGGGGAUCAAGACGGGAAAGUCCUGCCUCGUGGCAUCAAUAGAAGAGGACUUGAGGAACAGAAAGAUAGCAAGCUCCAUCUGAAGAUCCAAAUAAAAUGGCACAAGAGAUCAUUGCCGAUCUCAACACCUCUCUCAGUGCUCGUGAUAUUAGGCAGUUAAAUGAGAUCCUCGACUGGGCUAUAUUUGGCUACAAAUAUUCUACCAUUGACCAAAUUAGGGCGCCACUUUGGCUUAGUUCAGGCAAAUUGCCCGUACAACCUUUAGAGAGGAAGUUGAAGGAAAAUUCCGGUAAGGUUUUCCCUAAUCUAGAAGAUGGCACUGUCAGCGUUCCAAGCCAAUUGCCGCUACUUGCAUCAUACUAUUCACAGUUCAAGGAUUUCCUCAAGGCACGAAACGUGUUCAGAGAUGAUACGGUCACUUCGAUAGCUAUAUUAGAUGACGGUCCAGGCAAUGAUUCGAUUGGAUAUGAAACUUUGGCAUGGAUCCUUCCUCAUGCCGGGGAUGAUCAAUAUGCGCUCAGCAUUCGGUCUUUGAUUUGUCCAGAUACUUCGAUAUGGAGUAACGAUGGUCAGGACGAUCAAGAAGAAUAUUCUAUUGAAAGUACCAGGAAUGGUCCCAUAAAGCUGUCAUGUGAAGGUGCAUGCGGAAAAAAAUGGACAUACGCAGAUGAUUUCUAUGUAUGCAAAUCAUGCGAUAGGAUAGCAUUUUGUAGCAAUUGCUUGGAAAAGCUCAAGAGAAACCGUUUGGCCAGAUGGAAUUGUCGUCCUGAGCAUAGUUGGUUACAUAUUCCGCCAUGGAAAGACGAUAAUGAACCCGGUAAAGGAAUGAUUAGGGUGCUGGAUGAAGCGGGCAGUCCAAAGGAGGUGAAAAUUAGUGACUGGAUCAAGGAUCUGAAAAGAAUCUGGGAUAUUGAGUGAGAAUAGAUUAUUGGUUGUUCUCAUUCAAGAGGUGGGAACAGCUGAAGCUUCUAGAAAUUCCAAUUCUACCUCCAUGCGAGAUAUUCUAGCGGCAGAUUCGACAGUUGGACCGUCGAAACCAAUUAGGAGAACAGGGGAAGGGGGGCUCAUAUAUUCUUCUAUCUGCUUUUCCGUAACAAGCUGAUCAUCUUUUUCAUUAAGAAUCAAAUAAAAAUUUUA